GUCCCCUACCACUGCCCCUCCAGCUGCCACCGCCUCCCCAGCUGCCCUUCCCACUCCCCACACCCCCAGGUUCCAUGUGGGGCAGCCCCGGAAGCAGUCCCAGGGCCAGCUCUGCCACCAGCAGCCUCUCUGGAAAGCUUCUGGCUCUCCCCAAGGCGUUGAAAGCCAAGGGUGGCCCCAGGGAGCCCCCACUUCACUACUGUGACAUCUGUAAGAUCAGCUGUGCUGGUCCCCAGACCUACCGUGAGCACCUGGAGGGGCAGAAGCACAGAAAGAAAGAGGCGGCCCAGAAGGCGGGCACCCAGGACAGUGGCGGCCCGUGUGGGGUGCAGGGGAGGCCGCGCUGCGGGCUCUGUGCCGUGUCGUGCACAGGGGCAGACGCCUACGCCGCUCACAUCAGGGGAGCCAGGCACCAGAAGGUCUUGAAGCUACACACGAAGUUGGGGAAGCCCAUCCCUGCGAUAGAACCUGUGCCUGGGGACUCCAGCUCGGCCAAGGCCACCUGCACCAGCCAGCCGGCCCCCCUCACUGCGGAGAGUCCCCCCGCGGGCUCUGCCAAGCCCACAGCCCCUGCCGGUCCCAGCGCGUGCACCCUGACCAAGCCAGCACUGACCAAGAGACCGGCGGCUUUGAAGGCCACGAGUGUGGGGCCUUCCAAGCCGCAGGUGGCGGGCAGCAGGGCCCCAGAGGGCAAACGGGCACACCCCGCAGCAGAUGGGCCUGGAGGUCCACCUGCCCGAGGAGACUCUGCAGAAGCUUCUGGAAGCUGUGCCUCGCAGCCAGUGGGCCCAGGCUACUUGGAAGAGGUGCGCAACGAGGAAGGCAAGGUGGUCCGGUUCCAGUGCAGCCUGUGCGAGUGCAGUGUCGGGAACGCCACGGCCAGGGACACGCACGUGAGGGGCCGGCGGCACCGGCUGCAGUACAAGAAAAAAGUGAACCCAGACCUUCCCAUCGCAGUGAAGCCCAGCCACAGAGCUCGGAAGCUUCUGGAGGCCAGGCUGAGGAAGCAGAGGCAGCUGAGCAGGCAGCGGCUGGAGGAGAUGCGGCGCUGGCGCCAGGAGCUGUGCAGGAGGCGACUGGAGGAGGGGCCUCAGGCCCCCGAUGAGCAGCCUGGACCCUCUUCGCCCGACCAGCACUCUCCUUCCCUCGCCAGCAGGCCGGGGGCACCGCCCGGCUCACCUCUGUCCGCACGGCGGCCGGAGUCCAGCGAUGACCGGCACGUCCUGUGGAAGCACGCGGCCAUCUACCCCACGGAGGAGGAGCUCCUGGCCGUGCAGAAGGCCGUCUCCCACUCGGAGCGCGCCCUCAAGCUGGUGUCCGACGCGCUGGCUGAGGAGAACUCCGGAAGCCCAGUGCACGCGGGCGGUGAGCACAGUGGUGGCUCCGCCUCCGCACGGGUCCUGAAGGGCGUGAUGCGGGUUGGCCUCUUGGCGAAGGGCCUUCUGCUGCGGGGGGACAGGAAGGUGCGGCUGACCCUGCUGUGCUCACAGAAGCCCACGCGCGCCCUGCUGCAGAGAAUCUCGGAGCAGCUGCCCCAGCAGCUCCCGAUGGUGACAGAAGACAAGUAUGAGGUCUCCUCUGACUCCGAAGACAACAUCAUCAUUUCCUCCUGCGAGGAGCCUGGAAUGAGGGUCUCUGUGUCGGUCACCUCGCCCCUGAUGCGGGAGGACCCUUCCAUGGAACAAGAGAGAAUGCAGGUGCCUCCGCUGGACCCAGGCGACGUCCUGAGCCUGGAGAAGAGCCUCCAGGCACUGGCUGCCCUCCGCCACGCCAAGUGGUUCCAGGCUCGCGCCAGUGGCCUGCAGCCGUGCGUGAUUGUGCUCAGGGUCCUCCGUGACCUCCGCCGGCGUGUGCCCGCCUGGGGGGCCCUGCCACACUGGGCCAUGGAGCUGCUGGCGGAGAAGGCUCUGAGCAGCGCGUCGGGGCCCCUCAGUCCUGGGGACGGCAUGAGGCGUGUCCUGGAGUGUGUAGCCUCAGGGACACUCCUCACAGAUGGGCCUGGGCUCCAGGAUCCCUGCGAGAGAGACCAGAGGGAUGCCCUCGGGGCCAUGACAUGCCAGCAGCGCGAGGACAUCACAGCCAGUGCCCAGCACGCCCUGCGCUUGCUGGCGUUCCGGCAGAUCCACGCGGUCCUGGGCAUGGAGCCUCUGCCACCCCCCAGAAGCCGGCCGGGUCCGCGUUUCCGCAAGAGGCUGCGGGAGGCGAGUGCGGCCCCCGAGGGUGACAUCCAGAGGAAGCAGGGCCGGCCGGGCCAAGAGGGGCCCGCGUGAGCAGCCUCAC